GGCGGUGGCGCUAGAUAGAGAGAGAGAGAGAAAAAAAUUGUAAGCUAAAAUAAAAAGAUGGCGGCCCCCAUGCCCCAGAAGAAGUUUUACCGUCAAAGAGCGCAUUCAAACCCCAUUGCUGAUCAUACUUUUGAAUAUCCAGUAUGUCCAGAUGCAAUGGAUUGGUCAGUGUAUUACCCAUCAUAUUUUGACCCUAAAUCUGUUGUGAAGAAAGAAGUUGAAUUUCUUGAUGUUGGAUGCGGCUAUGGUGGACUACUUGUUGCAUUAUCUACAAUGUUUCCAGAAAAGUUAAUGCUUGGGAUGGAAAUUCGUGUAAAAGUUGCAGAUUAUGUAAAGGACCGUAUUACAGCUUUACGUCAAAACCAUCCAGGGCUGUACCAGAAUGUUGCAUGCUGCAGAUGCAAUGCAAUGAAGUAUCUUCCUAAUUUUUUCAAAAAGGGACAGAUUCAGAAAAUGUUUUUCCUGUUUCCAGAUCCACACUUCAAGAAAACAAAACACAAGUGGAGAAUCAUCAGUCCAACAUUGUUAUCAGAAUAUGCAUACAUUCUUGCUGAAGGAGCCACAAUCUAUACCAUUACAGAUGUUGUAGGAGUUCAUGAAUGGAUGGUAACGCAUUUCACGGAACACCCAUUUUUUGAGAGAAUGACGGAAGAAGAAUUGGCAAAAGACCCUGUCGUUGAUAAAGUAGAAUCAAGCACAGAAGAAGGGAAAAAAGUUGAGAGGAAUUCUGGAAGCAAGCACAUGGCAGUAUUCCGCCGAGUACCAGAUCCUUACACAAAUGCUUAGGUUUCAGAUCCUUAGGUUUAAAUGUGUCAUCCAUUCAAUGUUUUCGGAAUACUGUACUACUUAUGUUUAUAUAGAGUUAACCUCAGUAAACACAUACUAAACUGUA